AUUCUUCCGCUACGUGCAAUGCAAAAGAAAAAUCGGAAGUUGGACCGAUUACGAGAUAAAGUACGGGACGUUUUAUUUUAUUGGUACGAUCUCCCCUGACAGGAGCACAAAGCAUUGUGAGCUCGGCAGCAUGGAUAUGGAGAUUCUGGACAAUGUGAUCUUUCUGGGUACUGUCACUCUGCUCAGUGCUCUUCAGAAUGUAUUCUUCGCGUACACAGUCCAGAAUGAAUCCCUUCAGAAGCGUCCCACACACAGCGCUUUCGACCGGGUCAAUGUAUCAAGCCGUAAUUGCGCUGAGGUUUAUCCCACGUUUCUUGCUUUACUGUGGACUGCUGGACUUUUCUGUAGUCAGGCUCCCGCAGCCUUCGCUGGAUUGUUGUAUUUGGUGGUGAGGCACAAAUACUUUGUGGGUUAUUUAGGAGAGAACAGUCAAAGUCUUCCUGGUUUCUUUUUCGGAAAACGUUUGAUGGCAUUCUUAUUCUUCAUGGCAACUGCUGGAAUUAUCAACUAUGCAACAAACUACUUCUUUGGAAUCAACUUUCUGUAUUACAUUCAAACAGCCACCAAAGCCUCUGCUGCAUUGCUUCUUAUUCCCUAAUCAAGUUGGAGACAUUGUUAACAUUAACAUUUACCCUUUGGUAACUCCAAACUUGCUAACAUAGAAUCAUACAGCACAGAAACAGACCCUUCGGUCCAAGUCAUUCAUACCGACCAGGGUUUCCAAACUGAACUAGUCCCACUUGCAUGCAUUU